UUUUGUUGUGAAAUCAAGUCCAAAGCGUAGAAAAAUAAUCAUUCGUCUAUUCUUUCCGGUUGUUGCAGAUUAAAUUAAGAAGUCUGUGAAAUCCUACUAGCUAACAUGGCUUCUAAAAUUGUGGCUACAGCCACCGUACGCGCUGUGAAACAUCGCAAGCUGCUGCCGAUGAGAGCUGCGCUAUCGUUGACACCGGCUGCAGUGAACAGGAUAAAGCAGCUUCUGGAUGGCAAAACAGAAUAUAUUGGACUGAAAGUUGGCGUACGGCAACGUGGAUGCAAUGGGCUUUCAUACACUUUGGAUUAUGCUUCCACAAAAGAUAAAAUGGACGAAGAAGUGGUCCAGGAUGGCGUCAAAGUAUUGAUCGACAAAAAGGCACAACUUUCAUUAUUAGGAACCGAAAUGGAUUACGUUCAAACCGAUCUAUCUGCAGAGUUUGUAUUCAAUAAUCCCAACAUCAAAGGAACGUGUGGCUGUGGAGAAUCUUUCAGCAUCUAAUAAGAGAUCGUUCUUCAUGCAAUUGCUGCUACGUUGCGCAAUGACUAGAAGGCUCCCAAGAAGCCGGCUACACUUUUAUGAAGAUGCUUAAUUUAGUCUGUUUUGUUAGGUUGUUUUAAUUUAGCGUGAACAAAUGUUUCAAAUGUACAUAAAAGAUAGCUUAGUAGCGGAGUUAAUUCUUUAAUAAAUUGCUAAUGUUGUAGUUCAUUGUUGGUAAUGAAUGUCAAUGUGAAAUAAGGUGGCGAACCAUUAAUCUGUUGUUAAAAUUA